UUAUUGAUGACUCACACACUUGUUGUUAACCCACUUAAUGUUGGAAAAACCCGCUCUCUAGUAUAAAUGGCAUGCUGUUUACACCAUGGAGACGACAUUCGAACGAGAGGGAAACAGAGAGAAAAAAGUAGAAAAAACUUUCAACAUUAUAGAAAUCAUCGAUUGUGUAAAAAAAUUAAGAUACUCAGCAAUGGCUUCAUCAAAAUCGCUCAUGUUGGUUCUGGUCUUAGUUACUCUGACGUUAACAUCAGCUGGUCGUCGCCGUAGAGUUUGUCGCAUGGACGGCGCCACCGGAAACUGUGCGGAUAUUGUGGGGCGGCGGGGAGCGCUCAAGGGAAUUGGACUGUGUCAAGAACAGGGCGGCAGAUGCAUCCACUUCCAAAGGCGUGGCGUCAUAAAGUGUGCGUGCAUGGAGGUGAAACCGGACACUGUUAGAUUGUUUUAGUGCUGUCGAAGAUACAGGGACCACUUCUUCGGUCAGGAGGCCCAGGUGCAUUUGUAAAACAUUUCAGAACAACUGUUGAAGAAUAUUGUGUUCAAGAGGAUUUAUGUCUCAUAUACUCGAAAAUGGCAUUUUUUUAUUAUAUAAUUAAAGUAUUUAUGUUAGCGAAAAUGGCAACUAUUAGCUCAAAUACAUGUACCAGUAACACGGAAGUAUGACUAUAGUUUUGUCAAACAUUGUACAUAUUCCAUUAUUUAUUUGUCUGUGAUCGUAGCAUCAUUGUUCUUUGUUUUCUUUACAUUUGUAGUUGAGAUUAUUGUAUCACUUAUACAUUCAGCUAUUGCUGAAGACAUUGCCAGUCCAAACAUAUUAUUACACAUUGCUAUUAGAUAUGCUCAGUAUUUAUACAAACAUGUUUGUUUUUAUUACAUAAAUAAAUUGUAAAGUUAAACUUGUUUUGCCGUCAA